AUGCACAUCCAUACCACCACCACCACCACCACCACCACCACCAACAAUCACAUCUUCAACCUGUUAUCAUUAGAGUUCCAACAUCUACUAAGUAGGAAAGGAGCUCAGCUCAGCUCAGCUCAGCUCAACUUGCAGCCCCCAGAUCUACCGCAAUGGUCAAACAAGCUAGCCCCCAAUGUUACUCAACUCAGCCUCGUUCGGCCUCGGUUAGGUGCAGAUACUCGUGGGGACAAAUAUGCUGCGACUAUGAAGGAUGAUGAAAAGGAUGAGGAUGAGAAUAGUGUUGUUGGUAUAUACGGCAUACUCAGUAGGGUAGGUGUUGGAUUGGCGCUUGCAGGGCUGAGUUACCUCACUAGUAUCAACCCAUUAACGGAAAAAUAUGACCAUUCAAGAUUAAAUCAUCUUAAUGCUAUGAAUUCAUAG